ACACACACAGAAAAAAACACUACCAUGAGCAGGGUUUCACUGAAAUACAUAAAGAAUUUAUAGUUGGUAAAGGUUUAGUGUGUUGUUUAAUAGGGACAUGGCCUGUCCUGCGAGCCUGCGUCACGUUUGUUGAGCAUGAUUCAAUAGUUUUGUUGCGGUGUCGCAGCUGGUCUUAGCGGCUUAAAACUGCGUUUAGAGGAAAGAGCAGGUAGACCGGCCGGCGCGCGCGCGUGUGUGUGUUUGUUUGUGUCCGGACGAAAGCCUGAAAUAAUAAUAGUAAUAAUAAUAAUAAUAAUAGCAAGCAGCCAUGAUAACGUCAACUCCCGAGACUUCAGCCGGCCGCCCCUCGCGCUCCGGGAGACGCAGCGCCACUAGUGCAGCCGCCGCAGCCGCCGGAGGCUCUCCGUCCUCGGUAAGCCCGACCCGCCUGAGCCGCCUGCAGGAGAAAGAGGACCUGAGGCAGCUCAACGACCGCCUCGCCAACUACAUCGAGCGCGUGCGCCAGCUCGAGAAUGAGAAGUCGUCCAUGCGCCUCCUUCUGGAGGAGAAAGAGGAGACUACAAGCCGGGAGCUGAAGAAUGUCCGCCAGCUGUAUGAAACGGAGCUGGCCGACGCUAGGAAAACUCUGGACAACACAGCGAAUGAGAGAGCCAGGCUUCAGAUAGAGUACAGCCAGCUGUGUGAAGACCACCGCAAGCUAGUGGCCAGAAAUAAUAAGAAGGAGGCGGACCUGAGCAAUGCAGUGGAGCGCUGGAGGAAUCUCGAAGCUGCUCUGAACUCCAAAGAGGCAGACUACGCUAAUUUACUAGCAACUAACCGGAGACUGGAAAAUGAAGUUGCAGACCUCACAACACAAGUGGAUAAUCUGGAUGCAGCCUUGCAGAAUGCCAAAACUCAGGUUAAUUCAGAGAUGCUUCGUCGAGUCGACGCAGAGAACCAGAUGCAGACCCUCCACGAGCAGAUGGAGUUUCAGAAGCAGCUCAGUGAACAGGAAGUGCAGGAGAUGAGGAGUCGGUACGAGAGUCGUCUGGUGGAGGUGGAUUCAGGAAGGCAGAAGGAGUUUGAGAGUAAGUUAGCAGAUGCAAUGCAACAGCUACGACGAGAGCAUGAAUCCCAAAUCCUGCAGUAUAAAGAGGACCUGGAGCGCACCUUUAAUGCUAAGUUGGAAAAUGCCAAGCAGGUAGCCUUAAAGAACAGUAAUUAUGCCACAUCUACCAGGGAAGAGCUGGAAGGAACCAGAAUAAAAUUGGAGUCCCAGUCCAGCCAGAUAAGCAGCCUGCAAAAGCACAACCGCGAGCUGGAGGCACGAGUGCAGGACUUGGAGCGAGCUCUUGACCGCGAGAGGCAGCUCAGUCAUCAGCGGCUCUCCCAGAAGGAGCAGGAGAUGGCCGAUAUAAGGCAACAGAUGCAGGCACAGCUCGAGGAGUACCAGAGUCUCCUGGACAUUAAACUUAUGCUGGACAUGGAGAUCAAUGCCUACCGCAAGAUGCUGGAGGGAGAGGAGCAGCGGCUAAAUCUCUCCCCAAGUCCCUCUCCGCAUGCACCUAUUGCCCGCACACACGUUCAUGCCACACGCAAAGGCUGGGGAAAGAAACGGAAACAUGAAGGUGGCACGGGUCUUUCUCCGAGUUGCAAAGUGUCCCAGCGCUCAUCCGCUCGUGGCUGUGUUUCCAUUGAUGAAAUAGACCUCGAUGGAAACUUCAUUAAGCUCAAGAACAACUCUGACAUGGAUCAGCCACUAGGAGGCUGGAUAGUGAGGAGGAGUCAACCAGGAGGACCAGACAUCACCUAUAAGAUUCCCUCAUCCUACACCCUGGCUGCCGGACAAACAUUGACGAUCUGGUCUGCAGGAGCCAGAGGGGAGCAAAAACCGACAAGUGAUCUGGUCCUAAGUAGCCCUAAGACAUGGGGAGCCGUGAACGAUGUCCGGGUGUCUCUUUUCAAUCUGUACAAUGAAGAGACAGCAGAGCGCUGCGUCGUGCGUCUGUCGGGUCGAACAGAUGGAGAUUCUGAAGAGGAUCUGGACGAAGAGGGCAGCAUUGGCUCUGAGAUUCACCUCCGCCGCCAGGGUUAUGUGCCAAGUCAGGAGGCCAGUUGUGCAGUAAUGUAACUGCCAUCGAUCUGUUGUAUACUACACCAAAUCUUUUACACAAAGUGUUUUCAUGUAUGUAACCAUCAUGCCCUAAUAUAGCAAUUACAAGACCUGACAAGGCCUCAUUUCUUACAUGUGUUUGCAUUUAAUGGGGUAUAUAGGGCUAAGAGUAAAUCAAGACCAGCAAUAUUAGUCUAUAAUUUUUUCCCCUUGUAUUUCCAGGAUCUGUUUUUCUCUAUUUAUUGUGCCUUGGAAUUUAUUGUUGUUGUUGUUAUUAUUAGUUGUUGUUGUUAUUAUUAUCAUUAUUAUUAUUAUUAUUGCAUUUGCUAUAUUUGCACAUUACACAGGCUCAUGUUAAGCUAACAGGGUGAUUUUGUACAACUUGCCUGAUUUGGUGAAAAGUUUCUGAUGGCUACAAUAGUAGACAGCCAUUGAACUUGUAGCAUUACUAAACUUUUCUUUGGAGUAAUAAACUUUUCCUGUGUUUUUUUCCUUUUUGUUUGUAUGUAAAUUACUGUGACCCUUUUUUGUCACAUGUUUAUUGAUUAUUAAUUUAUUUUGCACAAUUUAAUUAAGCAGUAUCCUGACACCCACCUAAAGAUAUGAUUAAAAUGUGUCAGAAUUAGCUUUUCUUUUUUUUUCCCUUUUUUUUUUUUUUGCAUAUAUAGAAUGUAUUCCCAUGCCCUGACAUUUGAAUUGGAACAAGCCAGAAGACCUAAGUAUCUAGAGACCUCAAGAUCAACUGGUUAACUGUCAUUAUUGUCUAUUUGUUUAUUUCCCUAAAGUUUAUGCUUUUAUACCUACAAAUUUAAUAAAGAAUAAUGGAUCUGUGGUUUGGUGUUAAUUAUCUUUUUGUAGUUGAUUUCUGAAAUAAAGUAAUUAUUUUAACA